CCGUCAUGCGCUCCCUUGGGCAGAACCCCACCGAGGCUGAGCUUCAAGAUAUGAUCAACGAGGUGGACGCUGACGGUAACGGUACCAUCGACUUCCCCGAGUUCCUUACCAUGAUGGCUCGCAAAAUGAAGGACACGGAUUCCGAGGAGGAGAUCAAGGAGGCCUUCAAGGUCUUCGACAAGGACGGCAACGGUUUUAUCUCCGCCGCCGAGCUGAGGCAUGUCAUGACCAACCUGGGCGAGAAGCUCACGGAAGAGGAAGUCGACGAGAUGAUCAGGGAAGCCGAUGUCGACGGUGACGGUCAAAUCAACUACGAGGAGUUCGUCAAGAUGAUGAUGAGCAAGUAGAUGCAGAAAUGCGAAAGCCUUUUUUUUCAACAUCAUUACAAAAUAUCAUACGAGAAACUUCUUUGAAAUCCCAUUUCGUGGAUUUUUGUACAGUCGCAUGGACUCCCCCCCUUUUACUGCGUUCGUUACGUUCGUUCGAUUUGCGGAUGAGUUUAUGUAGCCCCCGUUCUUUGCCGCGUCUUCAACUUCGGCCCAUUCUGUACUUUACAUCGCAAUUGAGAGUCGUACACGAAGAAAAUGCUUCUCGAUGUGAGUGUUCCUUCAAGAUGCGGGGAUAGGCUGCAUCAGCGGCAUUCAAGGUUUUUGAGCAAAAGAUGAU